AUGAGCCAACAACGCGCCCAUUCCGACCCCUACCCAACCCCCUCCUCCGCCGAGCGCACCCACACCCAGCGCGGCUUCACCAUCACCACGCUCAAACUCCCCAUCCUCAAAGCCGGCCCCAUCGACGCCAUGUCCGCGCGCCUGGGUAUCCCCAUCCCUGAGAUGAUCUUCGGAGACAACCUCGUGCGCAUCACACACCUGCGCACCGGCUGGGGAAUCACCUUCCGCGCGGAAUCAGCGCUCGACACGGUGGACAAGACGGGUGCGCAGGGCCUGCUGCAGGUCGCGUACGCGAAGGAGUGGAGCCGAAGUCGGGAGCAGAGCUCAGCGGCGGAUAUUAGGGAGGUGGUGAGGCCUUAUGAUUGGAGUUAUACUUGUUGCUAUAAGGGAGAUGAGACGAAGGGACGGGAAGGGGAAGGGUUGGUCGAGGUUGAGGAGGAGGCGGCGAGACGGGGGGAGAAGGCAAUUCCGAUUGAGCUGCUGAAGAGGAGGGAUCCGAUUUUGUUUGCUGAUGAGGUGGUGCUGUAUGAGAGCGAGCUAGAUGAUAACGGAAUUAGCGUGUUGAGUGUGAAGUUGAGGGUUAUGGAUCAGCGGAUGUUGCUGCUGUGUCGGCUGUUUAUGAGAUUGGAUAAUGUGCUCAUCCGGGUGAGAGAUACCAGGGUGUAUGUGGACUUUGAAAAGGAGGAGGUUAUUCGGGAAUAUACUGCCCGGGAGGAUAAAUAUGAAAAUGUCAAGAGGAAUCUGUUCAUGACUGGCCUCUUGCCAGAUGAUGUUACUGUGGCCCUGAGAGACUCUAAUCAGGUAGCCCCCCUACUUCCUCUUGUGGAGAGGAAACUCGACUACGCAAACCUUGCGGCUGCGCCGGCGUAG